AUGACGAACAAAUUUCCUGCGAAGCAGGUACUGGCCGGUUGCGCUAUAUUAGCGCUGGGAGCUAUGAUAAUCUUCGUUUGGGUGGCAUUCGGACAGGGAGCGUUCAAAACCAGGCGACAACACAAUUCCUUUAACGUUACAAUGGCGACGCCGACGCCGGUGCGAAAUGACGCCGUUUCGAAUACCACCAAACACAAAGAAAUAAUCGAGAAAACGCACUUGGAUGACAUCGAGACCGACGACAUAGAAUUCGUGAAGCCCAUGAAAAUCACUUCGCACGUAUUUUACGGCGAAAAUCCAUCUAUAAAAUACCAUUACGGUCAUUUUAGACAGAAACAAGCGGAAUCCUGGGACCAGCAUCCUCUUUACGAAAUCGAUGCUUUCGGUAAGAAAUUGAUCUUAGAAUUGGAUUACGAUGGGAAAUUCGUCGCGCCAAAUUUACACAUUGUAACACACUUCAAUGAGAAUUUUACUCAAAAAACGAAACACGACCGCAGAUUAUCGGGCUGUUUCUACACGGGGAAAAUCAGAGAUGAGGCCGAAUCCAGCGUCACAGUCUCCCUUUGCAACGGAAUGACAGGUUAUAUUAAGGCGAAAGACAGCAGUUACUACAUCGAACCGGCGGAGAAAUUCGACGAAGGUUCCCCGACCAGCAUAAUUCACCGGAUUAAAAAACUACCUCACGCGACCAGAAAACUCAACGACGUCACCUUCGAUUCGAACGCCUUCUACGAAAAUAGCGAGAAUCAUACCAUCGUGAUCGACGACGUCGUGGAUAAUCCCAAAACACACCGAUUGAAGCGGUCUUUGCACGACGCCGACGGCUUCGAGGGUACUUGCGGCGUCGCGACGAAUGAAGAUAAAGAACCAUCUGAAGAGGCGCCGCGAUCGCGUCGCAACGCCAAAUGGACCAACAUCAACAGGAUAAGCAACGUUUCGUACGUAAAAGUACUGAUCGUGGCCGACAGGACUAUGGUGAAGUAUCACGUAACACAGGACGAUUUGACCUACUACAUUUUAACCAUUAUGGGACACGUGUCGUUUUUGUAUCAGGAAGAAACGAUAGGUAACGCGAUUUCGGUGUCGCUGGUGCGCAUAGAGGUGUUGACGCACUUGGAUUUUUCUAAUACGAAUUCAGCAGGAAUGUUACAGAACUUUUGCAAUUGGACGAGACUCAACAUACAAGAUAGGUCGCAUAACGUUGCCGUUUUGUUGACCAGGGACACCAUUUGCAGGAACGAUAACGACAUUAACGAGCACUGCUCGACGUUGGGAGUAGCUCGUGUGGAUUCGAUGUGCCAGUCCGGAUGCGCCAUCGUUAAGGAUAAAGGUUUGGCCACUUCGUUUACCAUCGCUCACGAAAUUGGGCACGUACUCGGCAUGCCUCACGACGAAGAUAAGAAAUGCGAGAGAUUUAACAAGGGCAUCAACACGAACAAUAUUAUGACGUCUGUGUUCAAGAGGUCCUUUACGUGGUCUCCUUGUUCCAGUUAUUACGUCACUGAAUUUUUAAAUUCUGAAAGAUCGAAUUGUUUGAGCAAGCCGCCGAUGAACGAUUACCUGCCCACUUACGCCUACAUAGAGACUUUGCCGGGCGAUAAGAUUGAUUUGGAGAAGCAGUGCGAGCUGGAAUUCGGACCGGGAACGAAGGUGUGCCUCUCCACGGAAACCUCGGAAUUGAUAGGCUACAGAUCGCACGAGUGGCUAUCACCUGGCAUGUCGACGCCUUGUCAGUAUUUGUACUGUUUCAAUGCUAACAAAAGCCAAUGUACUUCCACGUUUGUACCUUGGGCAGAUGGUACCAGAUGCGGUGAUAGAAGAGUUUGUUUCAACGGACAAUGCAGAUACGAGCACGAGCUGGUAACUAGAGAUGGAGGUUGGGGACCCUGGGAACCGUACGGGCCGUGCAGCAGAACCUGCGGCGGUGGAGUGGCGGUGUCCAGGCGGUACUGCGAUUCCCCGAAGCCGGCGAACGGCGGUUCGUACUGCGUGGGCGAGAACGUGCGGUACCAGUCGUGCAAUACGUCCGAUUGCGAACCGGGCGCCGUCGAGUUUAGAGAAAAGCAGUGCGCCGAUUUCAACGGGAAGUACGUUGAGAAUUUGAAUUUGGCGGAUCAGAUCAGGUGGGAGCCGGAUUACGAUAGAGCGCUGCACGGGGAUAAUCAGGAGGAUUAUUGUAAGCUGUUUUGCAUUCCGAAUAAAAAGCCGAGUUUUAGAUUGAUGGAUAAGGUGAUAGAUGGUACGAAAUGCGGACCCACCGGGUUCGGUAUUUGUGUUAAUGGUAUUUGUUUGAAAGGCGGUUGUGAUAACAUUCUCGGUUCUCCCAUGGUGCUAGAUGAAUGCGGUAUAUGCGGAGGAGAUAACAGCAGGUGCCAGGAAAUCACCAAAACCUACAACAAAACCGCAACGGCUAUACCUAAUUACAACAAAGUCGAUCGAAUACCAAAAGGAAGCUCCAACAUCAACAUAUCCCAAUACUCUUACCCGUACUUAACCAAAGACAGCACUUAUCUCGUAUUAACGGACGGCGAGACGGGCGAAUUCCUGCUCAACGGCGACCGGCUCAUCAACAUGGACCCUCGCGAAAUCAAAUUCGGCAACAUGAAGUUGAAAUACAGCGGCGCCAACACCUCCACCGAAUGGAUAGCCAGCGAGAAGCACAGGAAGUUGCCCAAGGAUUUGAUCAUACAGGUGCUGUCGUACGAUUCGUCGCCGCCGAACAUCCGCUACAGAUACAUCAUCGACAUGAAGGAGGCGCCCAGGUAUCCGAGAUAUCAUUACAGUAGCUACAGGGGAUAUUCGAAAAGCUACGCCUGGCGACUGAAGCCGAAUCAACCGUGGAGCACAUGCAAUUCUAUAUGCGAAGGGAAACAGUACAGGAAACCCGUUUGCAUGGAUUUGCUGACCGACGUCGAAGUGAAGCCGCACUUAUGCGACAACAUGGACGACAACGCCAUUCAAGAAAGGGACUGCAACAUGCAAUGCCAAUUGACGUGGAACAUUGCAUCUAAAAGCGCCUGCUCGCCUCAAUGCGGUUUAGGAGUUCGUAAUGUUUAUUACAACUGCAUGAAAGUGGAUAAAAAUAAGCCAAAUUACAACGAAUUGGUUAACGAGAAACAUUGCACAGUGUUAAAACCGCCGACGGCCAGGGAGACUUGCAAUACCAUUUGUAAUUCGACUAGGUGGGAUUAUUCGCAAUGGUCAGAGUGCAGUAAAACGUGCGGAGGAGGUGUACAGAGAAGAACGGCGAAAUGCAUCGAUGACAGUAACACACCUAUAGAUGAUUCUUAUUGUAAUAACAGCGAAUUGAUCAUAGAGCAGAUAUGUAAUACUGAAAACUGCCCUAUUUGGACAUUGGCCGAGACGUCAUCUUGUUCGAGACCGUGCGGGGGAGGUUACAGAAAUCUGACCUACUACUGCGCGUUGGAUGGCCGAAUUCACGACGACUACGCGUGCGACGUGCAUUCGAAACCGCCGCACCGGGAAUUAUGUAACGACAUCCCGUGCAGAUGGUCCCCGAUGAACAGUUAUCACUCGUGUUCGGCCACUUGUGGCGAAGGCGUGGAGAAAAGGGUGUUCGUUUGCAAGACGUUCGAUUCGGAAGAGAUCAUAGACGAUAGCUAUUGCAGGGACAUCGCAAUGCCCACGGAAGUCAGACCUUGUUACCAAAAGAAAUGCGACUUUAUGAGCAACUUCUUCAAGAGAAGAUACUCUAUAAAGAGCGACGUCGACAACGCGAUUGAGGAACCGUUUGUGCGAACGCGAACAUACAAAUGGGUCGGCGGUGAUUGGUCUACGUGUUCGCAAUCUUGCGGUAUCGGCGGUAAGAGGAAGCAGUACUUCAGAUGUUUGGACGAUAACGGCGAGGAGAACGGGAAAAUGUGCGAUCCGACCGCAAAACCGAACAACGUGGUCAGUUGCAACCUGAUCGCUUGUCCCAAAUGGAAAACCGCCGAUUGGAGUCGAACGUGCGAUGCGAACUGCGAAAGAUACCGGCAAGUCGGUUGUGCAGAUAGUUCAGGAAAAGUGGUAGAAGAUUAUCAUUGCGACGUUGCAAAGAAACCUCAAAAUUCGACCAAGUGCAAACUAUCGGAAUGUUCGUACAUACCAAGAGACUACUUCAGCUUAUCAGAAAAAGGUGACAAACGGUACCGAUGGAAAAUUGGACCGUGGAAACCGUGUUCCAACUUUUGCGGCAAAGGCACCAAGCGACGUCACGUACAGUGCGAGGACGCUCUCAAUGAGCUUACCGUCGUCGACGCGUUUUGCAAACACGCGAAAAAACCGAAAACGACGAGACCGUGCGAACGGUAUAGCUGCAAAUUCGCCUGGAUCGAGGGGUACUGGUCGGCUUGCUCGGCAUCGUGCGGCACUGGCGUCAAAAAACGCAACGUGACAUGCCACAGGGUAUACAAAGGCGGUAUAGUAGACCCGGUACCUUUGCCGGAACAUUUCCACCACAACUAUUGCUCUCUAAAAACCAAACCACCAACGACAUCCAAAUGUAUUCUGUCGCAUUGCGGGGACCAAUUCGUAUGGCAAACGGAACCUUGGAAACAGUGUUCGCAACGGUGCGGGAAAAAAGGACGGCAAGUGCGCGCCGUUCAAUGCGUAAACGCUUGGAACAAACAAAAAGUGCCGAGGUACCGUUGCCGUAAAAACCUAAAACCGCCGAGGAAACGAAAAUGCAACCAAUGGAAGUGCCUCUACAGGAGUUGCAGGGAGAUCAAACAUUACACGGGCACCAAAACGAACAGGGACUAUGUUAUAUUACUGCACGGUAGGCCGGUACAAAUCCAUUGCUACAAAAUGGACACGCCCGAACCGUUGGAAUACAUCAGUUUGCAUUCCGAUGCCUUGAAUUACGCGGAAAUAUACGGCAAAAGGUUAAAUAACGAACGAUCGUGUCCGUCGGGCGGACAAAGACGAGCGGAUUGUCCGUGCGAGGAUAUCGGUUCCGCAAGGUCUGGUUUCACUAAAUUCUGGAAGGUCAGAUUGGACAUAUCGACGAUGAAAAUCAUCGGGGAAGAUUUCACCUUCUCCAAGCAGAUCAACGGCACGCACGUACCCUACGGUACGGCCGGCGAUUGUUACAGUUCGAUACAGAACUGCGCGCAGGGGCAAUUCGAAAUAGACCUAAUGCACACGUCGUUUAAGCUGGCCAAAAGCGUGCGAUGGGAGAAAUUAGGGCCGUAUGCAUCAGCGCAAAUUCGACGAUCAGAUACAAGGGCUUCCGGUAAAUGCGGUGGUUAUUGCGGAAAUUGCAUUCCCGAUCCUAACAUAGGUCUUGCAGUAGAAAUAACCUAG